GUUAGUUUGAUCGAUUAGCUGAUAAUUGACAUUUUUGACGUAAAAAAUGAAGGGUCGAAGGAAAUUUCCCCAGAUGGUCAUCAUUAACGAUCAUGAUGCGGCAGCUCCAGCGAAAGAAGCUGAUAAGAAUGAAUAUGCGGCAGCACAGGAACAUAUGAUCGAAAACAUAGUCUUAGUUGGGCGUACAGGGAAUGGAAAAAGCGCCACUGGGAACAGCAUCAUCAAACAAAAGGUGUUCGACUCGAAAACAAGGGCAGGAGGUGUUACUAUGAAAUGCCGCUCAGUAAGAGCAGUGACACCAGAAGGCCCAAUACUUAAUGUGAUUGACACUCCUGAAGAGGAAGAGAAGGUACUUUGUACCUUGCAGCUUAUUUUUGGGAGUAAAAUUGUUGAUUACCUUGUCGUUGUUUUCACGGGGGGAGAUGUGUUAGAAGAAGAUGGUUUGACAUUGGAUGAAUAUUUGGGUAAUGAUUUACCGGACUUCUUAAAGAGAGUUCUCAAAUUGUGUGGCAAACGAAUGAUCGUGUUUGAUAACAAAACCAAGGACGAGGCCCGAAAGACAAAGCAAAUCCGCGAGCUUCUUAAGCUUACCGACCAAGUCAGAAAGCAGAACCACAAUAUUCCGUAUACCAAUGAGAUGUACCAUAAGAUAAAGGAAGAAAAUGAUAGGCACAAGAAACAACAAGAAAAGCUUAAAUCAGAAACGCAUUCAGAAGAACGACUCGAAGCAUUGAUGAAGGACUUACAGCUAAGGAAUGAAAUGAACCUCAAGGCAAUGGCAGAGAUGAUGGGAACAAAUUUAAAAAUUGCUAUGGAUGCGCAGGAGAAGCUCUUUGAACAAAGAGAAAAAUUGCAGGAGAAGGGCUACCUCGAAAAAUUGGAUAUGCAAGAAAAAUCAAGAGAAUCUUCGUGGUAUCUUGGUUGCGCAUGUUUUGGAAUCAUUUCAUUUGCAUUUGACGAGAUAUAUAUAGAGCCAAGAAUGGGUUUAGGGAGAAGAGCACCAGAUCAAGAAACUUAUCUAGAAAGGAGGCGAGGAAGCCAGUUUCAUCUAGCCUUGAGUAAACCUUGGAAUGAUACGGUAGGAGUUACAAAAGCUCGCAAGGAGUGAACAUCAACCAAAGGGAAUGAGGAAGAAAGCUUUCAAGUGUACAGGUUUGGCAUGCAAGAAAAUCUUCACUGCUUC